AUGAGCGAUGAUCUCUUUGACGUCUUCAACGACGACGCGUCACCACUCGUGUCGGUUGAGGGUGUAAUGGUGGAGGUGAGAGAUGCAUCUGCGCCGUCAUCGACCUUACCUGGGCCGCGGACGGGUUUGUUGACCUCGACGACUCCGGCGAUGCGUCUCGAUGGCACCGACGAUGCUCCCACACCACCUCUCCCCACCCGCUCAUCGGCAUCACCAGCGGUGCUAAAUCCGCUUCCGACUGCGCGCCCGUUGUCCUCCGCAUUGUUCCCGCCACCUACCACGUCCACCGCCUUGGUGGACGCCUUUCAUUCUCCAGACUCUCUGCCGCCGUCGUUGUCCCGCUAUGAGCGCGGCGAUGCCCCUUUAUUGCUGCGCACCCACUGUGCGACGCCCUCGACUCUACCUGCGAGCGCAAGUUGCGGCGUCACAGUGAUCAAAGCUGCCCCUUCGCCAUCGGCGACCUCGACUGCGGAAAAUGGACUGCGAUCCCCUCACGGGGAGGGGGGCAGUGCCGCGUCAAGAGAGGGUGCGGCUUCGAGACUCGCGUCCGCACCACCGCCGUCAGCGAUCAUUACCGAGCACUUCAGUCGCAUCCGCGUUCGCCGUGCCACCGUCAGCCUUGAACAGUUCACUGUGCGCCUGGCUGAGUUCCCAUUUGCCUCGUUCGACCUCUUUCGUGGCAUGUCGCGCCGCAGCGAUGAGGCGGUGGCACGCACUUGCGUCGGCGUUGUCACGCGCAAGUCGGAUCCGAAGCAGAGCACCACGGCCACCCGCUCCUCAUGCUACGCUGUGCUGACACUGUGGAACAUGGAGAGCAUCUCGCCAGCGCCGGAGACGGAGCUCAGCGUUCUGCUCUGCGGCAGCGCGUUUGACCUUCUUUACAGUCGCCUGGUCACUGGCGCAGUUGUGGCUCUCAGCAACGUUGCGCGGUGCGCACGACGAGGCUCUGCGCCGGCGCACGACGCCGACGAGGUACUGCUGCGCGUGGCGGAUAGCGAGGCUGUCCGCCAGCUGGGCUUUGCCGCUGACCUCGGCACGUGUGCAUCCGUGUCUUACAAGUCGAAGGAGCGUUGCCACGUCAUGGUGAACACGCAGCGGUCGCAACACUGCAUCUACCACGUCGCAGACCUUCGCAAGGCUGCGCGCAGCGGCGACACUGGAGGACAGGGACGCAACGCAACGCAUGGUACGCGAGUCGCUAGCGCCUCAUCUCUCGGAGCUCCUGCAACCAUGAAGGGCAGCACCCUCACCACGCACCUUACCCUCUCCGGAGCGCAGCAACGGCUGGCCGUCUUGGCGCCGGGCGGCGUCGCGCAGCAGCCAGCAGGCCACCACUCUGCAGGCAGCAGCGGCCGUGCAUCACUCCUUAGUGGUGCAGUGACGAACAGCAGGCUGGCUGCCUCGCAGCAGAUGCUUCGACAGACGUCGUUUUUUGCCGUGCGCGGCGCCACUGGGCUUCCUGUCGAGGAUGCCGCUCUCCGCAACUGCGUGAACUCGGCCGGCUCCGGUGUGUACGGUGGUGUGCAGACUGGCGCACCUCUGACGCUGCGGCAGCAGGUCGGUCUGCGUCCCGCCGCGAGCUACCCCUCCGCACAUAAGCUUGGCGUGACAUCGCGUGGUCGUGAUGUGCUGGAGGCUGCCCGCCAGCAGGCCGUCCACCACGAGGAGGAAAAGUUGCUUCGGCGACCACUGCGCUGCGGGAGGACAGCUAGCACUGCAGGGGAAGGGGUGCCAAAUCAUGCGCGCACUGAGGGCGGCGGCAGCAGCGGUGGCGAUCCUCGCGAUGUGGAUGCCCAAGCCCCAAAUCGUAGCCCCGAAGGCGUCACUACUGGCUGGGGCAGGAGAACGCCGUCGACCACCGGCGCGCCGAAGCGUGCGCGCAUAGAGGUACCGCCGCCGUCUACCCUUUCGGCCUUCACGGAGCAUACCACCUCUCCUUGCUCUUGUUCGUCGUCGUCGUCGUCCGCACCAGUCGCCUCAGCAUCCAUCGCCGGCACCGCGACGCUGAGAAACGGGGCGGAUGGUAGCCGAGUGGAGGCACUGCGACAGCAGUUUCAGCCGCUGCGUCGGGGUGCAUCAGCCCCCUUCACUCCUCUCAGAAGCCACGGCGCCGUACACGCCGUCAUCGCGUCGCCGCGGCAGAGAGACCACCGCCACAGCGUUGUGAUGUCCAGCGCCGUCAGCUCCGGUACAGGCGCCUCCGCGUCGCAAAACGCGCUAUUCCGUGCCGCUAUCGAAGCUGCGCGGGACAUCACGAGCAGCUCGACGGAGAGCACGAAGUCGCCUCCCGAGGUAUCCACGAGUGUGCCAGCGAAGUUGCACGAAGCUGACGACGACGCGGCGUCCGCUCUCACGCUCCUUGGAUCGGUAGCGGACGGCAUCCACAGCGCACAUGAUCACCUGCGCAGUGAAUCCGACCGGCAGGAGCUGCUCGGCUUCGUGAAGAAGCAAAUCGCAAAGGAGAAGGCGCUGGAGGCGCUGGAGGCGAUCACGGAGCAGCAGAUCAGGGCUCACUACUGCUAUGCGUGCCGCUGCUGGUACGGGCAGCCGCCGACGACGUGCGUAGAGCAGCACCACCGUGUGGAACUGAAGCCGGCGCUGAAGAAGUACAUCAAGUGCGAGCACUGCAACUACAAGACGUUUGUGAUUGGCGGCGACGAGGCGAAGGGCUGGAGGGUGUACCCGCGUUGCCCGCGCUGUCAUCAGUCAAGUUUCUGGGUCCGCGGUGACGCGGCACUGCAGGUGCCUGCCGUGGUGGAGGCGCCACCGCCCCCGUGA